AUAAUUCUCUCCAUCUAUAAUCCUCUCAAUUUUAUAACUAUUGAUAGGAGAGAGUUCGUUUUCUAAUCCAUUCUUCCCAACACCAAAAUCCGAAGCCCAAACCAGCUGACUCUCCACACUCCAGUUAUCCAACCUUAGUUUGGAAAUGGCGGGAACAAUCACACCUCUAAAUUUCAGAAUCUCACUCUUGCACUCCUCAUUUCCUCCCUCAACUCUACGCUUCAAUUGCCAAUUCCCCAAUAAUAAUCAUCGAUUAUUAAGUACUAAAUCAUUUAACUCAACUCACAAUCCAUUUAUUCUUCAAUGCCGACCUCGAUUUCGCUUAUUGCCAAUCACCGCUGCUUCAUCAUCUGACGCUGUAAAUAAUGGGGAACAUAAGAAAUCUGGAGUUCUGUUGAAAUGGGCGCGGCCGUUGCUUAAAUUUGCUACCGCCCAUUUCCUGCCAUUAGCUCUUAUUGGUGGGGUUGUACUUGGACUUGCAAAUCCCAGCCUUGGUUGUACUGCAGAUAGGUACUACUUGUCGAAAGUGAGCACAUUUUGUAUAUUUAUAAUAUCAGGUUUGACAUUACGCAGUCAAGAAAUUGGAGCAGCUUUUGAAGCAUGGCCUGUUGGACUAUUUGGACUGGCUUCUAUUUUGCUGUUGACCCCAACAUUUUCAACGCUUAUAUUGCAACUUAAUCUUCAGCCUCCAGAAUUUGUUACAGGAUUAGCUUUAUUUGCUUGCAUGCCAACUACAUUGUCUAGUGGGGUGUCACUUACUCAGCUAGCUGGGGGAAAUUUUGCAUUGGCUUUGGCCAUGACCACGAUAUCAAAUUUACUAGGAAUUCUAGUUGUGCCAUUUACAAUCACAAAAUUUGUGGCUGCUGGUGUUGGUAUUUCAAUACCAACUAAGCUACUAUUUAGGAGCCUCAUCAUGACACUGUUAGUUCCGUUGGUCUUGGGAAAGAUUUUUCGAGAAUUGUUCAAAGGUGUGGCAGAUUUUACUGACAACCAUCGCAAGCUUCUGUCAAACAUGAAUGCUCUUUUUCUUGCUUUGGUUCCAUGGAUACAAAUUAGCAAAUCAAGCUCGCUGCUAUUGAUGGUUAAUCCUACAAGCUUCCUUUUAGCUAUAGGCCUUGGAGCUCUCCUGCAUUUCCUGCUGUUAGCUUUUAAUGCUCUUGCAAUAAAGGUUAUAUCUUCUCUCUCUGGUGGUAGCAUGUCCCUCUUCUCCCAAAGAAAAAAUGCCAUUGCUCUGCUUUUAGUUGCGAGUCAGAAAACCCUCCCUGUCAUGGUAGCAGUUGUAGAUCAGUUUGGUGGUGCAAUGGGUGCUCCUGGUUUGCUGAUUCUCCCUUGUGUUGCAGCACAUCUAAAUCAGAUUAUUUUGGAUUCUUUUCUUGUUAACUCUUUUCUUCAAAGAGAUCAUCCCGUUCAUCAUACAAAGGGAGCUUAGUAUUCAGGAAACAAGCUCUUAAAAAAUAACUCAAGUUGCAAGAAAUUUGUGUCGUUUCUUGUUGUAAUCUUGAUCUUAGAGUAGUGUACAGAUUGAGAAAAUGAGAACACCAUGCAGGCAUGGACGAGUAGAUUUAAUGAAAACUCAUGAAUAGCGUGAACUAAGUCUGCUUAUUAUUAUUUUUUACUAAAAUUCGUAAUGUCAGUACUCCCUCAGUCCCAGAAUACUCUCUACAUUUUUUUUUAUCCGUUUCAGAAUAUUGUUUACACUUUUAUUUUGGAAUAUGACCCACUAUUAUUUUAAUCA